GCGGGAACGGGGAGGUUGCAGAACGCCAUCUUUAAACCCCACAAGAGGCCAUCUACAGUUGCACACCGGGAUGAAAAACACUAUCCGUACAGCAGGAUUUAAGCUCAGAUCGUGGAGAUAGUAUGAUUGAACCCCGGUUAAAUUAAUAAUAAGUAACUGUCCGGGGAUACUGUGAAGAGCUGGUCACGGGACACCGCGAAUACCUUGAACUGUAUGUUAUCAUAGGCAGACAACAACAAUAGACGGAAAGACAACAACAACGGACUAGCUUGCUAACUCGCUCGCUAGCAUCUUGUCAAGCGCUGCGCUGUUAUCAAAUGCUAACUGAAGGCUAGCUACCGUUAGCAACUUAAUCAUCAAAUCGCUUAAAUUUGUCCGGACACUUGUAAUAGCUGGUACUGGCUGUCCAGCUACAUCUACUGGGGGCAGUCUGACAUUUAUUUGCCACAUUUUAACCAAUUUUGUCCAGAAAUCUGCGUUGUGGCUUUAGCUAACGUUAGCUAAAAGCUAAGUCCCGACUUCUCCCCCUCCCCAGCGGCCCGGCCGGAGAUGCGUGGAAGAUGUCGGUGUCGGGGCUGAAGGCCGAACUGAAGUUUUUGGAGUCCAUUUUUGAUCCAAACCACGAACGCUUCAGGAUCAUUGACUGGAAGCCUGACGAACUGAGCUGCCAGUUUAAUGUAACUGGGGAAAAGCUGUUAAUUAUCCACUGUAAUAUAACGGAAUCUUAUCCAUCUACGCCGCCAAUAUGGUUUGUGGACUCUGAUGACCCGAGCUUGGCGCAAGUUUUGGAGAGGUUGGAAGAUGUGAGAAAAGGCAGCACCCUGCUUUUGCAGCAGUUGAAGAAACUCAUUUGUGAUCUCUGUCGGCUGUACAACCUUCCCCAACAUCCAGAUGUGGAGAUGCUGGACCAGCCCCUGCCAGCAGGUCCUGUGGGACAAGACCGCAAGCAUGGGACAGAGGAGGUCACAUCUGAAGAAGAGGAGGAGGAAGAGAUGGGAGAGGACAUAGAGGAUCUGGACCACUAUGAAAUGAAAGAGGAGGAGCCUGUGGAUGGGAAAAAAUCCGAGGACGAUGGCAUUGAGAAGGAGAAUUUAGCCAUCCUGGAGAAAAUCCGAAAGAACCAGAGGCAGGACCACUUGAAUGGCGCUGUGUCUGGCUCCGUGCAGGCCUCCGACCGCCUGAUGAAGGAGCUCAGAGAGAUCUACAGGUCUCAGAGUUACAAGACAGGCAUCUAUUCGGUCGAGCUUGUUAACGACAGCCUGUACGAAUGGCACGUCAAACUAAGGACGGUGGAUCCAGAUAGCCCCUUACACAGCGAUUUACAGGUCCUAAAGGAAAAGGAAGGAAUGGAUUACAUUUUACUAAACUUCUCAUAUAAAGAUAAUUUCCCCUUUGAUCCACCUUUCGUCCGAGUGGUUUCGCCUGUGCUGUCUGGAGGUUAUGUUCUUGGAGGAGGUGCCCUGUGCAUGGAACUCCUUACCAAACAGGGUUGGAGCAGUGCCUAUUCCAUUGAGUCUGUCAUCAUGCAGAUCAAUGCCACUUUAGUCAAAGGAAAAGCCAGAGUGCAGUUUGGAGCCAAUAAAAACCAGUACAAUCUUGCCCGAGCACAGCAGUCCUACAAAUCCCUGGUUCAGAUCCAUGAAAAGAACGGCUGGUACACACCCCCGAAGGAAGACGGCUAAAACAGACUACUGCCUUUCCUGCACUGGGACCACAUGUCUUCGAUUUAUUUUUUUUUUCCUCGCGACCCAUAUUAUUUUUUUUUUUUUAUCCUGCGAACCAUUUGGCUCUCUUACAUGAGAGUUUGAACUCCAAACCAAAUUCCUCAUUCAGUGCCCACCCAGACACUAGCACAUAAGCACACACACACACACACACACACACACCUGAAAUCUACAUCCAAUCUCAUCAGCUCCUCGCAAUAGUGUCCUCUCCUCAAUAUUUAUCUCUGUACAUCUGUUGUCUGAUACAAUCUUAAGUUCUCCAUUGCGACAUUCAUCCCAUACUCCAGCAACACGACGGACUAAAUAAUCGCGUACUCACUCUUUUUGGUUUUGCCGUUGAGCAUGCCACGGUUCCCCGCUGUGCUGUGUGCUGAACGGUGCAGCAUGACACUGCCUCUCUGGCCACAGACUGGAUCCCUGAUGUGACCUAGUGGUGGCUGGGAGGCGACAUUUAAAUGCUGGUGGUGGAAGAACCGCUGUCCUUUCUCUCCAUGGACGUCCUCUGUAAUAUUGUGCUCAUGUAUUAUCUUUGCAAUGCCAAGAUCCCUCCUCUGGAAUAACAUGCUUCCGGGGCGAGCUUGCUUUCAAACCUCUUUUCUUUUAAAGCUUGAAGCCCUGAGGCGGGGGAGGAAGAUAACGAGACUUUUGCAGCCUGGGUGGGACAGCACACAAUGAAGAACUUGCUGAGCUCCAAAGUUGGAGACCACUGUCAUCAUCGUCAUCAUCGUCAUCAUCAUCACAACCAGCAACUGGACAACCCCCGCAGGAGAGGUUUGGGGUGUUGGCAACCCAUGAAACACGACCAGGCGACGCGGCGGCGUGUUUCGGUUUGGAUCACACUGUAAUGUAGUUGAUUUUAACUUCACGUGUAAACAUGUAAAUUUGUAUUUCUGCAAAAGGAUUUAAUUGUUUAUAAUGUAACCUUGUCUGGUUCUUUGACUCGGCAAAGACCGUAUUACUAUAUACACCCUUGACUAUUAACAGCAAGGGCACUGCAACUUCUCAAGACCCAUUUAGAAUAAGAAAACGUUGCUUCAUGGAUACUCUUGCAGAAGGAAACAAAAGUACACCGUGAUCUUAUGUAAGCUUAAUGACUACUGCGGUUUUGUUCGUUUUUUUUGUUUUUUUUUAAUCUUUAUUUGUAAUCCUCAUGUUAUUGGCAACAUCGACAGUACCAUCCCCCUUUUUUUGACAGCACCUCUUAGACGCAGCUGUUUCUGUCAUUCCAGAGGGUUGGCUACUCAUAUCGUUUCACGCAAACCGGAUGAACCUCAGUAAGGCUAUGCAGUGAGGAGACAGUUUUUGGGAGUUUUGUUGUACUGAGGAAAAUGAGUCUUAUCAGCGUAGUCGCCUGCUUAGUCCUUGUAGCUCGUUCACAUCCUGAGCACUUUGCCAAUCCUGCAGUUGUAACAGUCUGGAGGGGAGAGAAAAAAAAGUGACCUUUUUUUACCUUCUGACUUUUCCUUGACCUCACGGCUGGUUUUAAAAUGCAGCCCGAGUUUCAAAUUCACAGCAAUAGUCUCGACCUUAUACCUUCUGGCUUCACACCUGGGAAGAUUGACUGGAGUCUGGUCCGUUUCCAGACUAUUUGUGUAGGUUUGAUAAAUAGUUGUUCCGAUUUGCCACAGGAGGGACCCGGCUCUUCCCGUUACCACCUCUCUGGUUACUAUUCAUAACCACUCUCAGCGCUGCUGUACCCCUCGGCGUGCUGGGUCUUUGAUGUAAUGUGAAUAAUAUGCAGAAAACUGUGUGGAGCAUUCCAAUUAAUGCAGUUACACGUUUGUUGUGGGUGUUCUAUUGUGUGGUUACUUGCAUUGUUUUAAGUAUAUUGUCCUGAAAACCAGCAUAGAAAGCUUAGUUAUGCUAAUUCAUACAGUCAUUCCUCAUUUUUUUUUUUUUUUUUUUUUAGGUUGAUUUAGGAUUUCCUCAGCGAUGCUGACCUCAGUCACAACGCCAAUAUUUUCAAAAAACGGUACAGAUGGGUAAAAAAAAAAAUCAUACAGCCUGUUCAUAUUCAGCACACGUCUGACUUUUGUUUAGACUUGCAGGAUGUCCAUAGCAAGUGUCGCCCUCCUUCUUUCACCCCAAGCAAAAGCCCCGACAUGACAGAAUCAUUGGCAUGGUUGUUAGCUGUUGUGAUGCCAUUGGUAAUGUACUAAUCACUUCAUUCCGGUCACCAUGUCGAGCCCACCCCUGCAUUCUCUGGAGAAGCAAACUCAGGAAUACAUACCGCACACUCGACUUUGCUAAGGAUUGCUUCAGAAUAUCGUCAUAAAGUGCAAGAUUGAACGUGUCAAUCUUCUUUUUGUUUUGGGCCAUUUUAAUGAGACUCAUCCGUUUUACCAAAAGGCAUCGCAGUAUGGUUUGCUGUCAAAUUCUGAAUACUUGUGAGGUUAAAAAAAAAAAAAAAAGUUUUGUUUUUUUUUGUAAUCGGAUGUGGAGCAGGAGUAUUGCUCCCACCCUCGGAUGAACCUGCACUUGAUGAGGGGUUCAGAACACAUCUACCCCGUCUCUUUGAUAUUGCUGUAUUUUGCAUGUCAAUAUAUCAAUGGGUGUUUUACACCGAGCUACUGAAGACAAAAGAGUGGUCGGGUAGGGUGAUAAAAAGACUAGAUGUAUCGGUUGUUCAUUGUUUACUUGUGGUUCCCUACAUCAGUGCACAGGGUAGUUUCUCCCUGCGUGCCGCUUAUUUAACCAGGUCAGAUUCUAUGAGAGACGCAUGGACUUAACAAGACAUCCUACCUGCUUGGAUUCCCUUUAAAGAUGCCAGGAUUCCCAACAAAAGUAGCAGUUCAGAUGUGUGUGCCAUCAGAACAAUAGUAAACCCACAUCUUUACCCUGACAUUUGGAAUAAUGGUGUACUCAAGACUGUUGUGCACCGACAAAAAAACAAAAAAAAAACAGCUUCUCUCACACCAACUCCUGUUGUCUGACUAACAAAAAAAAAAAACCUUCUCCGCUUUGGCGAGCAACAUAUUGGUCUGAGGUCUGACUCGGCCUCAUCCUGGGUUCUUUACCUUGCUUCAUUAACUGCAGUGGCCGGGUUAUAAAGUUAUGCACUGUUAGCAUGCUUUGGUUUGGUUUCAUUUUUUCCAUUGCAAGGGUGAUUUUGACCAUGUAAAGUAAUUUGUAAACUUGCAUCAAGUUUAUAAAUAAAGAAUUUUAUGAAAUAUCAAUUUAUUCUGUUCUGAUGAAGUGUUUAUCGGUAGGAAAUGUAAAAUUCAUUUGUUUCCUGGAAGAGUAAUCCAUCCACAAUCUCCAUGCCAUUUCAAUGAAAAUGUAUCGCCAACAAAUAGCAACAAAUAAAAGCAUUGAUUAGCUAA